AUGAAGCAUGCUAAGCCAUUCACCCUCCCCCGAGGCAAGAUCGAUCCCGCUGACGAAGACCACGAUGCGAGCGCAAUAGCAUUCAAGGCUCCCUUACCCAAAGUGUCUGAUAUCCCCGCCGAUCCAUCCGCGGACUUUGUCCCUAAUCCAACAUCGAAAAUUGGGAGACGCCAAUGGAAAGAUGAUAAUGCCGACCCGUGGGAGUUCAACGCCUGGGAUAACGUCGAAUGGAACGAGGAACAACAAAAAUUUGCGGAGGAUGCCACCAUGAAGCAAGCAGCUAAUCCAGUCCCACAUGAUAUGAAAGUCAAGUUCAAUGAAGCACCAGCCGAAUUUUGGGAAACGUUUUACGCAACUCGGAAGGAUACGUUUUUUAAAGAUCGAGCAUGGUUGCGGAACGAGUUCCCGAUUUUGGAACAGGCUGUUAGACCAGAUUAUGGUCCUAUCCGAAUAGCUGAACUAGGAUGUGGGCCGGGAAACACGGCUUUCCCAAUCUUGGCUGCCAAUCAGAACCCAGAGCUAUUCCUCUAUGCGCUGGAUUAUUCGGCGAAAGCAGUUGAACUCGUGAAGAAAAACCCUCUCUAUGACCCCAAAAAAUGUCUAGGAGCCGUAUGGGACAUGAGCUCGUCUGAUAUACCCGAGCAGAUUACAUCCCAAUCGUUGGACGUGAUUAUUAUGAUUUUCUGCUUCAGCGCUUUACACCCUAAGGAGUGGUCACAAACCGUUCGUAACUUGUGGAAAAUGCUCAAACCCGGGGGGAAAUUACUGUUUCGUGAUUAUGGACGCUAUGAUCUCGCACAAUUGAGGAUGAAGGGAUCUCGAUUCCUGGAAGCUAAUCUAUAUGUCAGGGGAGACGGGACACGCGUUUACUUUUUUGACAAGGAUGAACUCGCCGAAAUCAUUUGUCAGGACAUACAAGUAGACUCUCCCCCCAACUCUCAUGUUGAAGCCACCGAGACAAGCCCGCCCAAGUCGGCUCCGAAUGAAAUGAAGCAACCGAGCUGCAAGUUUGAACCGAUCAAACUGGUCGUUGAUCGAAGGCUACUGCUGAACCGGGCUCGAAAGUUGAAAAUGUAUCGCAUUUGGUUGCAGGGCGAAUUUUGGAAACCGCUCCGCAUUGAAUCACAUACGCCUCUGUGA